AUGCCAAAGAGAGCCAGGCUUUACCUCCUCUCUCUGGAGACAUUACAGGCUGGGAAUGUUCUUUGGGGACAGUUCCUGGCGGGGAAUGUGGCAGAGAUUGCGUUUCACACGUGCAACCUCCAGAGGCCUUACUCUGGAUUCCCGCUACUAACCUUUAGAAUUGCUAAACCAGAAUCUCAAAUCAAGAAGUCCAAGCAGGCUGCCAAGACUGCUGAGCAGGUCGCUGCCGAGAAGAAGGCAAGAAAGGCCGCCAACAAGGAAAAAAGAGCCGCUAUCUUCAAGAGAACCGAGGCUUACACCAAGGAAUACGCCGACGCCGAGAGAGCUCUGAUUGCUGCCAAGAGAGAGGCCAAGGCUAACGGCUCGUACUACGUCGAGGCCGAGCCAAAGCUUGUCUUUGUCGUCAGAAUCAAGGGUAUUAACAAGAUUGCUCCAAAGCCAAGAAAGGUGUUGCAAUUGCUGAGAUUGACCCAAAUCAACGCCGGUGUGUUCGUCAAGGUCACCAAGGCCACUUCCGAGCUCAUCAAGCUGGUCGAGCCAUACGUUGCUUACGGUUACCCAUCGCUCUCCACCAUCAGACACCUCAUCUACAAGAGAGGUUACGGUAAGGUCAACAAGCAAAGAAUUCCUCUCUCCGACAACGCCAUCAUUGAGGCUUCGCUCGGAAAAUACGGUAUCAUCUCCAUUGAGGACCUGAUUCACGAGAUCUACACCGUUGGUCCAAACUUCAAGCAGGCCAACAACUUCCUGUGGCCAUUCAAGCUGUCCAACCCAUCUGGCGGCUGGGGUGUCAGAAGAAAGUUCCAGCACUUCAUCCAGGGUGGAUCUACUGGUAACAGAGAGCACUACAUCAACGACCUGGUUAAGAAGAUGAACUAG